CCCCCUGCCAUGCCUUCAUAAUCCAAAUCCUCGAAUUCGAUCGCGCGGGUCUCGCUGCCAGUUUGGUCGAUUCCCAGCGUUCGCGUGAUGCUCUCAGCUCGAUAUUUUUGAACUUGUUUAUGAAAGCCUUGGUGCGCUCGCCCGUCAAGGUGUCUGCCGUCACGUCUCCGACCAGGUCCGGAUUCGCGGAUGCCAGCGCCUGCGCGGCCAAAUGUGGGAGCGUGAGUCGCUGCGAAGCCUGGCUGUUUAGCAGUGGCGGCGACGGCCGCUGUGAGCUGUAUAAUCGGGGUCCGGUGGCCACUGCGCCGAGUCCUGCGUUUGUGUAUGGCACCGUGGGCACUGUGAGGGGCCGGACGAGUUCACACUCGUCUUCUUCUUCGGUGGUGGUGGCAAUUUCUGGUUCGUCUACACGGGUUGCGGUGGUUUCUUCAUCCUCCUCCUCCUCCUCCUCUUCUUUCUUCUUCUUCUUCUUCUUCUUCUUCGGUAGUCCCUGCUGCCGCAACGGCGAGCGCUAGCGACGAGACUCUUGGUGCAGCAGCUCUGCAUCUGAAUAUGCACAAGCGUCAUGCUCACGGACACCACCAUCGCUAUUAGGGAAGGUUGCGAUGGGCAGAAGGGUGGGAGCGUGGAUUGGCAAAGGA